AUCUAUCAAGGCAAUGUAUAAAGUAAGUAAAGUCUUCAGAUCCACUGUGAAUGACUGCAACAAGUCCGCAUAUUCCAGAACGCCACGUUGGUGUUUGAUGCAGAGAAACAGAAUAACGGUAUUGCUGAUCUGAACAUGUAUCUGUCAGACGUAUGCAAGAUUCUGUAUAUAAGCAGAUACAGUUUAACAAACAACACAGUAAUUAUAUACUUGAACUGUAUUCCAGUUGGACCACAGGAGGUUGAUGUUACAAUGCCAGAGAACAAUGUAACUUUAGAGAACAUAAAUAUCACUUUGACCUGUGGUACCACCGGUUACCCCAACCUGACCUUCACCUGGGACUACAGUGAUGGAACACCCGUAGGUGGCAGCACAGGACCUGUAGCAGAAUCUUCUACUUGGUGGUCCCAGACUCUCAUCUUCAGGCCAAACAAAGGCAAGACAAGUGUGAGGUGUCACGUCAGAAACACCAUAACAUCCACAACUAAGACUGGUUCUGUGUCACUGGAUGUCAAAUAUCCCCCCACGUGUCCCUCCCUCCAUCACACAGUUUCCUGCUCUGAUGUUUGAUGGAGACCCACAGACAAUCAGCUGCUCGGUGACAGGAGGAAAUCCUCUAGCUACGAUCACGUGGUCCUGUCCUGGCACUGGAUCAGCAUCGGUCAGUGACAGUGGUCAGACCAGGACAUCUACUCUCUCCUUUACUGUCAGCAGGAGUCAGAAUGGUCAACAGUGUAAGUGUCUGGGGACGUGGCAGUAUGGAGGAUACAACUACUCUGAUGCCAGGACAUUCAACGUCAGCUGUCCAAUAAACCCACAACCACUCAAAGCCGACUGUAACAUGACAGGUGUAAUAGCAGGAACCGCAAUAGGAACCCUACUUCUCACCUUACUGAUUGGAGCUCUAGUUCUGGCUGUCCUCUAUAGGAAGGGGUUCAGGUUUGGAAACGUCAUGACAGAAAAUGCUUCCCCGAAAAGCACUAGAAAUCCUGAAUUGGAAGAAAAUGAAAACAUAGGAUACUCCUCCCUAGAUCAAAUUGACAGUCCAGCACAGUCCUCUAGCAUGAGUACAGAUGGUUCGGAAAGACAACAUUACACACAGUUGAAGAUUUAUGAGAAUACAAAUGUCGAGGCCAAACCAGAGACAAGUGAGUGA